AUGGCAUGCGAGGCCACGGCCUCCCCCUCUCCCCCCCUCCCCCCCCACUCCCCCGUGCCCCUGAUGCCAUGGAGCCCGCUGCCCUGGCAGUGUCACCCUGUCAAGCGCGGAGCAUCUGCCGAUGCUACGACUAGUUACCUGCGAGCCGCUCGGUCGGGAAACCUGGACAAGGCUCUGGACCACAUCAAGAACGGCAUAGACAUCAAUCUAGCCAACCAGCAGCAGUACUGCAUCCUGACUGACAAGGCUGUGGCACUGUGGCAGCAUCAGCACCACGGUUGUAAUGGGCUUAAUGCCUUGCACUUGGCGUCGAAAGAGGGGCAUGUCAAGAUGGUGCUGGAGUUGUUACACCAUGGCAUCAACCUGGAGACCACCACAAAGAAAGGGAACACGGCUCUCCACAUCGCCGCGCUGGCCGGCCAGGAGAAGGUGGUGGCCGAACUCGCCCAUUUCGGCGCCAACGUCAACGCCCAGUCACAGAAGGGCUUUAGUCCCCUCUAUAUGGCCGCCCAGGAGAACCACCUGGAGGUGGUGAAGUUCCUGCUGGAGAACGGAGCCAAUCAGAGUCUGCCGACAGAGGACGGCUUCACGCCGCUGGCAGUGGCGCUCCAGCAGGGCCACGAGAACAUAGUCGCUCUCCUCAUCAACCACGGCACCAAGGGCAAGGUGCGACUGCCAGCCCUGCACAUCGCGGCGCGCAAUGAUGACACGCGCACUGCUGCAGUGCUGCUGCAGAAUGACCCCAACCCAGAUGUCCUAAGCAAGACCGGUUUCACUCCUCUGCAUAUUGCGGCUCACUACGAGAACCUGAGCGUGGCUCAGCUCCUGCUCAACCGAGGCGCUAACGUUAACUUCACCCCCAAGAACGGGAUCACGCCUCUGCACAUAGCGGCCAGGAGGGGCAACGUCAUCAUGGUCCGGCUACUGCUGGACAGAGGGGCGCAGAUCGAUGCCAAGACCAAGGAUGAGCUCACCCCGCUGCACUGUGCGGCCAGGAAUGGCCACGUGCGGGUCAUCGAGCUCCUGCUGGACAUGGGAGCCCCAAUCCAGGCCAAGACCAAGAAUGGUCUGUCUCCCAUCCACAUGGCGGCCCAGGGGGAUCACAUGGACUGUGUGCGUCAGCUGCUCCAGUAUAACGCUGAUAUCGACGACAUCACACUGGACCACCUGACGCCCCUGCACGUAGCGGCCCACUGCGGGAACCACCGCAUGGCCAAAGUCCUGCUGGACAAGGGCGCCCGGGCCAACGCCAGAGCGCUGAAUGGCUUUACCCCUCUCCACAUUGCCUGUAAGAAGAACCACGUGCGCUCCAUGGACCUGCUGCUCAAGCACUCGGCGUCUCUGGAGGCUGUCACUGAGUCUGGUCUGACGCCUCUGCAUGUGGCGGCCUUCAUGGGUCACCUGAACAUAGUGAAGCACCUGCUGGCCAGGGGAGCCUCUCCUAACGCGUCCAACGUGAAAGUGGAGACUCCUCUCCACAUGGCGUCGCGAGCGGGACAUUGCGAGGUGGCCCAGUUCCUGCUGCAGAACGCCGCCCAGGUGGACGCCAAAGCUAAGGAUGACCAGACCCCCUUGCACUGUGCCGCCCGCAUGGGCCACAAGGAGCUGGUCACCCUCCUGCUGGAGCACAAGGCCAACCCCGACUCGGCCACCACGGCCGGACACACCCCCCUGCACAUCGCCGCGCGGGAGGGACACGCUCAGACCACGCGCAUCCUGCUGGACGGCAACGCCCAGCAGACCAAGAUGACCAAGAAAGGCUUCACGCCGCUGCAUGUGGCCUGUAAGUACGGUAAAGUGGAUGUGGCUGAGUUACUGUUGGAGCGAGGAGCCAAUCCCAAUGCGGCAGGAAAGCAAAAUGGCUUGACUCCUCUGCAUGUGGCCGUCCAUCACAACAACCUGGACGUGGUCACGCUGCUGGUCAGCAAAGGGGGCUCUCCACACAGUCCUGCCCGGAACGGCUACACGCCGCUGCACAUCGCCGCUAAGCAGAACCAGCUGGAGGUGGCGGGCUGCCUGCUGCACCACGGCGCCAACGCUAACUCCGAGUCGCUGCAGGGCAUCACGCCCCUGCACCUGGCCUCGCAGGAGGGCAGCCCCGACAUGGUGGCCCUCCUCAUCUCCAAGCAGGCCAACGUCAACCUGGGCAACAAGAACGGGCUGACUCCGCUGCAUCUGGUGGCGCAGGAGGGGCACGUGGGCAUCGCUGACAUGCUGGUCAAGCAGGGAGCCUCAGUGUACGCCGCAUCACGGAUGGGUUAUACUCCGCUCCAUGUGUCAUGUCACUAUGGCAACAUCAAGAUGGUGAAGUUCCUGCUGCAGCAGCAAGCUCAUGUGAACAGCAAGACCAGAGUGGGCUAUACUCCCCUGCACCAGGCGGCUCAGCAGGGCCACACAGACAUAGUCACCCUGCUGCUGAAGCACGGAGCUCUACCCAAUGAAAUCACCACAAACGGGACCUCUCCUCUGGGCAUCGCCAAGCGCCUGGGCUACAUCUCUGUCAUCGACGUGCUCAAGCUGGUGACGGAGGAGUCCGUGUCCAUGAUCACCACGGAGAAGCAUCGCAUGAGCUUCCCGGAGACGGUGGAUGAGAUCCUGGACGUGUCGGAGGAUGAGGGAGUUGCACAGCUAACAUUAGGUGAUGAGUUGUUGGGUAUGGAUGGGGCGCGAUGUCUGAAGCUGGACGAUCUGAAAGACCAGGACGACGACUUCCUGUCCCCCAAGAAAACCCUCCGAGACUUUGAGAGUGGGCUGGGCACCACGCCGUAUUCUCCAGCAAUUCCCAGAAUCCCUUGCGUGUCUCCAGAAACGGUCAUGCUAGAUCAGCACACUCCAAUCCCCUUGCCUAAGGAGUAUGACGAGGACUCUCUGAUCCCCAGCAGUCCCGCUACAGAGACCUCAGAUAAUGUCAGCCCCGUAGCCAGUCCCAUACACACUGGGUUCCUGGUGAGCUUCAUGGUGGAUGCGCGGGGCGGAUCUAUGCGGGGCAGCCGGCACAACGGCCUGCGGGUCAUCAUCCCGCCGCGCACGUGUGCCGCCCCUACCCGCAUCACCUGCCGCCUGGUCAAGCCCCAGAAACUCACCACACCGCCCCCCCUAGUGGAGGGAGAGGGACUUGCCAGCCGGAUCAUCUCACUAGGACCCUCCAGCAUGCAGUUCCUAGGGCCAGUGAUAGUGGAGAUCCCUCACUUUGCGUCUCUUGGCCGGGGGGAUCGAGAGCUGGUGGUGCUACGCAGCGAGAACGGAUCCGUCUGGAAGGAACACCGCAAUCGCUACGGAGACGAUGUCCUUGAGACCAUCCUCAACGGCAUGGAUGAAGACCUAGAGAGUCAGGAGGAGCUGGAGAAGAAGCGCAUCAGGCGCAUCAUCUCCACCGACUUCCCGCUCUACUUCGCCGUGGUCUCCCGCAUCCAGCAGGAGAGUGACCUGAUUGGCCCAGAAGGCGGCCAGCUGACCAGCAAGCUGGUGCCGCAGGUGCAGGCCAUCUUCCCGGAGACGGCCGUCACCAAGCGUGUCCGACUGGGCCUACAGGCCCAACCAAUCCCUGACGAGCUAGUAACCAGGCAGCUGGGCAACCAGGCGACCUUCAGCCCUGUGGUGACGGUGGAGCCGCGGAGACGCAAGUUCCACCGCCCCAUUGGCCUGAGGGUCCCUCUGCCCCCGUCCUGGAGGGAGAGUCCACGGGACGCCGGCGAAGGGGACACCACCAGCCUGCGUCUUCUCUGCAGCGUGAUUGGUGGAACAGCCCCUGCCCAGUGGGAGGACAUCACAGGCACCACCAAGCUCAUGUACUCCAACAACUGUGCCAGCUUCACCACCAACGUGUCCGCGAGGUUCUGGCUGGCCGACUGCCCUCGGACGGCAGAGGCCGUCACCUUUGCCAACCUGCUGUACCGCGAGCUGAUGUCCGUGCCCUACAUGGCGAAGUUCGUGGUGUUCGCCAAGAUGAACGAGGCGCGCGAGGGCCGUCUACGCUGCUACUGCAUGACGGACGACAAGAUGGACAAGACCCUGGAGCUGCACGAGAACUUCAGCGAGGUGGCCCGCAGCCGCGACAUCGAGGUGAUGGAGGGCAUGGCGCUGCAUCUGGAAUGUUCCGGUAACCUGGUGCCCAUCCGGAAGGCCACUCAGCAGCCUCGGAGCUUCAGUUUCCAGGCCUUCCGAGACAACCGGCUCCCCGUCUCUGUCAAGGUGAGAGACAGUAACAAGGAAGCCACCGGGUUUCUGUCCUUCCUGCGCAAGUCCACCAAAUAUGAGGACACUCAGCAUGUCCUGUGCAACCUCAACAUCACCAUGCCACCUGCCAUCAAGGUGGUGGGCAGCGAGGAGCGCCGGCGAACUUUGACCCCUCUUGCCCUGCGGGAGCGCUACAGCGCGCUGAGCGAGCCAGGCCUGGCUGUACUGAGGAGUGCCCUGUGUCCCUCAGCCGCUGUGAAUGCCAUGGAGAGGACCGAGCUGAAGAUCUCCAUCAUAGCCGAGCAGCUGGGACUGAGCUGGGCAGAGCUGGCUCGUGAGCUGCAGUUUGGGGUGGAUGACAUCAACCGGAUCCGGGUGGAGAACCCCAACUCCCUGCUGGACCAGAGCUCGGUGCUGCUCAGCCUAUGGGCCAGCCGCGAGGGCAAGAGAGCCAAGAUGGAGAACCUCUACGGCGCUCUGAAGAACAUUGACCGGAUGGACAUUGUGAAGGUUCUGGAGAUGCAGGCUCCGCAGGAGGUCCCCGAGUGCUUGGAGGAGGGGGCAAGUCGGCUGACUGACCGCGACUCCUCCCUCCUCUCCCCCAGCGUAAUCAAUGGUUACGGCCUGGUGCAGGAGGAGCUCCUCUCCCCGGCCUCGCUGCAGUACAGCCUGCCCUCGCCGCUGGGCGUGGAGCCCUACUACGGCCUGGAGUGCGCGCCCAUCGCCGCCACCGAGGAGGACGCCAUGCUGGAGAUGAUGUCCGACGUGCAGGUGUGGCCGGCGGGCAUCAGCCCCUCGCUGGUGACGGUGGAGGACUCGUCGCUGGAGGGCGGCAGCAGCCGCGCCGACGACUCGGAGGGCAACACGCUGAGCCUGCCCUGCAGCAGCCUGGGCCGGCCCAGCUCGGGGGCCAGCGGCGCCUCGGGCUCCAUCAUGGAGCUGGAGGAGGAGGAGGAGGAGGAGGAGGAGGAGGGGCUGGACGCCGACGAGGACAACAACGGCCGCUACCUGCACCGCGAGCCGCCCGUGGCCAUGGCCUCCACGGCCGAGCUGGCGGCGGCGGCGGCGGCCCGAGCCGGCGGGGCGGGCGCCGUGCCCAAGGUCAACUUCAACGGACAGGUCAUGGGUCAGAGGUCGGAGGGCAGGAGGGCGGAGGUGGCGGGCGGUGGCGUGAUGAUGCUGGGGGCGGCGAGAGGAGGGCAGCAGAUCUACGCCCAGCUGUAUGACAGGACGGGGCUGAGCCGGGCGAACGAGCACAAUGGAGACAGGCUGAGCAGUGGUGCCUUUCAGCCUUACGCGAUGUCAUCAACCCACGACCACAGCCAAUCGCGUGUCUCCCAGGAGGCACUGCUGACGCCGGUGUGCGACACGGGCCACUCGGAGGUCCUGCGAGGUCGCCUGCUCGGCACGCAACCCUUCGAGAAGGGCCUCGGAUUCUCGCACCACCAGCAAGGGGAGCUCCACUCCUGGGACCACGACAGGCGGAAGAGAGAAGAAGGUGUCGAUUUCCCUGUGGAUGCUCCGUUCGCAGAUGAACACGCAAAUGUAGUUGCAAAGGGUCGGACAUCCACUGCCAAACCAUCAGUCACCAACACGCAGCUGGGAGACAGAACGAAACAGGCGGAGAAGAAGAGGAGAGGGGAUGGCAAAACCCCAAAGUGAACAACAAGAGCGCCCCCUACUGACAGACAGACAGACAUCCGAAAAACCACAAAACCAUCGUUGAUUACCACUACAUAAGAGAUGGGGGAAAAUGUGGAAAGGACAUCUACCUGUAGUUUUGUAACAUUUUUAACAACAACAGAAGAAACAAAACAUAACAAAAAACAGAUAAACACACAAAGAACAAGAAAAAAAACACAACUAGUAAUAGGGCAUGAAUUUUUUUGUACAAAAUGUGAAGGAAAAAAACAACAAAAAAAGCAAACAAAAAAGUGCUUCCUGUCAACUGUAUACGCAUGAUUGACUGCUGGUGCAUGACCUAUGACCUGUCAUUAUCUAAGAAAAAAGAAACUAUCAAAAAAAGGGUACGAAGCAAAGGGUCGUCCCAGGAUUUGUGUUGGGGUUGGGGGGGUGGGUUGAAGUUAUCAUGGACCUAUACUGCAAACCGAAGGCAUUUCCAUUGCAAAAGGGAGACUUAAAACACUAUAUUGCUCCAAAAAAAGGCAACAGUUUUUUUUUCCUUGACAGUCAGAAAGACAACCAAACAACUUAGUUGAAACUGAGCCAGUUGAUAUCCCACUCCCUCAUCCCGCAGAUCCUUUAUCCUGUUCCUACGUGGUAUAUGCACUCUAUGGUCUAUGUGAGUGUGUGUAAUGUGUGUGUGUGUGUGUGUGUGUGUGUGUGUGAGAGAGAGAGAGAGAGAGAGAGAGACAGAGAGAGCGUAUGUGUGGAUGUGUGCUGGUGUGUCAGCAUGUGUACUCGCUUCUAGCUUGGCACUGAACCCUCUCCUGAUUGGUCCAUGUUUUUUUGUGACUAUGUCAGACGUUUUUUGGUGUGGGAAUGAGGACUUAAAAAUGACUGUGCUUUCCUGCUUUCUAAACGUUUACGUGUGUGCGCGUGUGUCUGAGUGUGCUUGCAUGUGUGUGCGUCCGCAUUUAACUGAGCCUUGUUCCGUUUCCCUUUGUGUAAAGCAAACUAUAAAUUGUAUCGUUUGUGUUUUUGCUCC